AUGACUGACAUUGAAGCAGUUGCAUCCCUCAAGAGAGGAGCAGAGGGUACUGAGUGCCGAAAGGAAAAGAAGCAGAAGAUGAGGAGGACUAUGGAUUUAAAAGCAUCUCGCCAAUGUUCUACCAUUCUCAAUGUUUUGUCCUCUCACAAACAUGGAUGGCUUUUCAAUCAGCCAGUGGAUCCUAUUUUGUUCCAAAUCCCUGAUUAUUUUGAUAUCAUAACACAUCCCAUGGAUUUAGGCACAAUUAAAUACAAGCUCGAGUCAAAUAGUUAUCCUUUUAUGGAGGAUUUUGUGGCUGAUGUCAGAUUGACCUUCUGUAACUCCAUGAUAUACUAUCCCCGAGGUGAUGAAGUUUAUAAAAUUGCAAUGGAGCUCAGCCAAAUAUUUGAGGGUAAAUGGGAAGAGUUUGAGAGAAGUUUGAAGUGUGAACAAGAUUCUGGAAAAAGUAUGAAUCAAGAAAAUGAUACCUUGUCCAACAACCCACCUCAAAAACUUGAGGGAAUUUGUUACACACCAACUUUUAUUGCUACCUUCAGAAUGAUUCCGAGAGGCAUGCACAAAGAGCGAGCUAGGAUUGAGGCCCAAACUAAAGCUGCUGAGAAAGAGUCUAAGAGACAGGAAAACAUAGAAAGAGAAAUUGCCAUUGGAUUAGAAAAGAUGAAGAUAAUUGCUGAUGAGAAAGAUAAAAGGCUGAAGGAACUUGAAAUGCUAUCUCCUCAAUCUCCAGGCAGUAAAAUUACACCCAGAUUGGGGCAGCUUAGUUUAUUUGACAAAGAUUAUAAUAAUAUGACCAUGUUUUGA